CAAGACGCAGCAUGCCUGACAGGGUUUGUGUGAGACGUGGGCAAUGAAAGUGUCAGCAGAGCGAACUGCCUGAUUUCUUUUUUUUUUAACAAUGGAUUACUAUGAGCAGCGCAUUGUGUUUGACUAUGACAACAGCACUGAAGGGUCCGCGUUCGACGAUCUGGAAGGACUCUGUGAUAUCGCGCUAAGUGCUGAUUUCCAAAGGAUUUUUCUCCCUGCUGUUUACGGAAUUAUCUUCGUUUUGGGCGUCGUGGGUAACGGACUCGUGGUCCUAGUGAUGGGCUUUCAAAAGAAGUCGACAAACAUGACUGACAAAUAUAGGCUCCAUCUCUCCGUCGCGGACCUCCUGUUCGUCCUCAGCUUGCCGUUCUGGGCCGUGGAUGCGGCGAGCACCUGGUAUUUCGGGUGGUUCCUGUGCAAAGCCGUGAACAUGAUCUACACCGUCAAUCUCUACAGCAGCGUGCUCAUCCUCGCGUUCAUCAGCCUCGAUCGAUACCUGGCUGUCGUGCACGCGACCAACAGCCAGUCGAAGAGGAGGCUGCUCGCGGACCGGAUGAUCUAUGUUGCGGUUUGGCUGCCUGCGAUGCUGCUCACCGUGCCGGACCUCGUGUUCGCGAAAGUCCGGAGCAGCGGCACCGGGGACAUUUGCGAACGAAUCUACCCGAGCCACGCUAACGUCUGGAAGGCGGCGUUUCGUUUCCAGCACAUUAUAGUGGGCUUCGUGCUGCCCGGAUUGGUCAUUCUCGUCUGCUACUGUAUGAUCAUCUCACGGCUCUCCACGGCCUCCAAAGGCCAGACGCUGAAGAGAAGAGCGCUAAAGACCACGGUCAUCCUCAUCCUCUGUUUCUUCACCUGCUGGCUGCCAUACUGUGGGGGAAUCCUUGUGGACACGCUGAUGAUGCUCAAUGUGAUCGCUCCCAGCUGCUACCGGGAACAGACCCUCCAGAGGUGGAUCUUCCUGACGGAGGCGCUGGCGUUCUUCCACUGCUGUCUGAACCCCAUCCUCUACGCCUUCCUCGGGGUGAAGUUCAGCAAGUCGGCCCGCAGCGCGCUGAGCACCAGUAGCAGGUCCAGCCUGAAGAUGCUCACCAAGAAGCGCGGUCCAAUCUCCUCCGUGUCCACGGAGUCCGAGUCCUCCAGCAUGCCUUCCAGUUAACGCGCACUCUGUACUCCCCCUCACAACCCGGGGACUGAGUUUCAUCUCUUCAAGGAUGGAACUACAAAUUGUACAUAGUUGUAAACACUUCGUAAUGUAAAAAUGUUGGACUUACACAUUUUUAAGUUGUUUUUUUUUUUUACUCUUUAUCUCUAUUUAAUCUUUUUAGCUUUUUUAUUUCUUUAAAACAUUUUGAGUGUAUAGGCUGAGCCUAAACUGUUGUCUCUGAUAGUAAUACUGUGUGGGGAAUUCAAUGCAGGAAAAGAGUUUUUUCUAUCCACUGUGAACUGUGUGAGUCAGAAUGUCUUAUGUAAAUUAUUUGUACAAAGACUUGCUUUUUUAUUGUGUGUAGGCACUUAGUUUUGGUUGUUUCUGCUUUUAUUUAUUAAAACGGUAGCUCACACUGGGAGGUUUUUCUGUGUUUUUGUAUAAUUUCAGAAGUGUUGAGUUUUUUCACGCACUGCCUUUAAUAAAAAGCCUUGAAGUCUUCUA